AUGUUUCGUACUAAUAUAGGAGCCAGCUUGAGCUCGCUAAUAAAACCAAUGCUCAAGCCGCAUCACAUGUCCACCUCCACCACCACAUCAUCAUAUCUCCGAUCAAUUCAACGUAUACAUCCAACUAGAUCAGCAUUGACACACCCCAACACCUCACACUCCUCCGUCUGUUUCCCAUUUCAACAGUUACGGUACUCGUCUAUAAACCAAAUCCAGCAUUUUAAACAUUACAAACCUCCCAAAAGGAACGUUACCAAAUCACCAGAUUUGCAAGGAAACCCAUUCAAAAAGGGAGUUAUAUUACGUAUAAUGAUCUUGAAGCCCAAGAAGCCCAACUCGGCAUUGAGAAAAUGUUGUAGAGUCAGAUUAACGAAUGGUAAGGUUAUCAGUGCUUUGAUUCCUGGAGAAGGCCAUAAUUUACAAGAGCAUCAUGUGGUAUUGGUUAGAGGUGGUAGAGUGCAGGAUGUUCCUGGUGUCAAGUAUCAUUUGGUUCGUGGUGCUUAUGAUUUGGUUGGAGUUGCUAACAGAUCCACAUCGAGGAGUAAAUACGGUGUGAAGAAGCCAAAACAAUAA